UAGAGCGCCAGUCCAGCCUGCGCGCGCACCCUUUUCCUUUUGCGUGUGAACUCACAUGCUGUAUAGGGACACCUGGGACGGUUUGACACACAUCCAUCCAUCCAUCCCGGAUUGCAACCCGUGUGUGGACAUGGCCGACGUACCGCAGCUGGUCAAAAUCGGCAUUUCGCUGAAGAUGCUCCCAAACAACACCGCCGUCUACUUCAAGUCCGACGGAGCCCGGUUCGGACAAACCCGAACCAUCAAGAUGCUCACGGGCUCCAAGUACAAGAUCGAGGUGGUGGUUAAACCCGGAGCAGUCGAGGCCACGUCGAUGAGCUUGGGCGGAGUCACCUUCGGCCUGGAGCGGCAGUCCAAGGACCCUCAGUCGGUGGUCUACACGGGCCUAUACGACACCGAGGGCGUGACGCACACCAAGAGCGGCGAGAGGCAACCCCUUCAGAUCAGCAUACAGUUCACCGAGGCGGGCACGUUUGAGACGGUGUGGCAGGUGAAGUACUACAACUACAACAAGCGGGACCACUGCCAGUGGGGCAACAGCUUCAACAGCAUUGAGUACGAGUGCAAACCCAAUGACACGCGCACACUCAUGUGGGUCAACAAAGAGACCUUUGUUUGACACACACACAUGUUGGCGCAACGACACGUGUGUGUAGUAUGUGUUAGUUUUAACCAUCUACUGAGUUUCAUUACUUUUUGGGGACCGUCCAAUGGAAAGCAUGUUGUCUCUAUUUUUUUAAAUGCAAACAUUUGCCUUAAAAAAAAAAAAGAAAUCAUCAUAUAUUUUGCGGUGAAAAUAUGUAUUCUAAAAUAUUCCACUUCUUUUUUUUAUUUGAUUAAAAAGAAUAACCUCACAUUAUUCAAAGAUACAAAGCAUGUAUCUGUUUUGUUUUUCUUAGUGCCAUUAAAAAAAAUAAAAAAAUAAAAUCUAAAUCUCUUCAAAAUCUAUCAGAAAUAUUUUGGGUUAAAAAUGUUUUUUCAUCAAAAAACAUUAACCUCACAUUAUUUGGAGACACAUGCUCUUCAUUCGGCCAACUUGUGAGUACUACUGACUUGCAGUACUUUUUAUUUUUACCUUCAUAACAUAUCUGUCCAAUGCAAAGCCAGUAUUUCUGUUUCAUUAUUCCUAAUGCUAAAAUGUUUUCUUUUGAUUUUAAUAUUUUUUUGGUUACAAAAUAAAAACAAAAUUAUGUUUUUUUAUUUAAAAAAAAAAAGAAUAACCUCACAUUGUUUUGAGAUGCUAUAUAUGCUUUCUCAGUGGACCAACUUGGAGAAUGUUAUCAUGUGUGUGUGUGUGUGUGUGUAUGUGUGCGUGUGUCAGUUUUAACACUCUUGCGUUAUUUUUUGCUGUCCAAUCGAAAACAUGUAUGGCCGUUAAUUUUUUUUAAUGUAAUUUUUCAAAUCUCAAUUUAUUUCCUUUCACCUUAAUUAUUUCAGGAAAUAUUUUGGUUACAGACAUUUUAAAAACAAAAUUAUUAAUUUCCAAACAUUAAGAAUAACCUUAAGUAAUUACAUGCUUUUCAUUGAAUCAACUGGAGCGCAGUAUGUUGUUGUGUGUGUGUUGUGUAUGGGACAGCGUGAGUUUAGCACCAGCGUGUUUGUAUGUGUGUGCGUUGUUUUUAUAAAUGGUGUAAAACACAAAACAAACAAACAAAAAACAACAGAGAGUUUGUGAAAAAAAUAAGAAAGAAAAUAUUCUAUUCGCUGUUUUGAACCCGGUGUAUCUGCUCAGUUGACACUUUUUUGUAUUAUUUUUGGACACUUGGUGACAACGUGCUCCUGUGUUAAUGUUCUCUCUACCUCUUCACAUAACACUUUAAAUAUUAGUCAAGUGUUAUGUCUUUAUAUCCUAUUUUUUUUUUAUAUCCCGUGUUGUGUUUUUGUCAAAAAAUUUAAAAAGUAUCUUUUGUACAAGUGACAUGCAUUCAAAUGACUAUAUUUUUGCUGUGAUAUAUGAUUUGGAAUGGACCUAUGCAAGAAUAAU